CCCCUGACGUCACCGCUCCCCUCCUCAGUUCAUGUCGCGCACAGUGCAGAGGGAACGGCGGCGGCGUUGGACAGUUCUAUGGAGACUUGAACGAGCCUGAGCCCCUCGGCCGCCAUUGUCGCGCCCCCCUUCUCUCUCUCUCGCGGGAUAUAACGUCGCCUGUGCGUGUGUGUCUUCCGGCUCAGACCGAAACAAGCAUCAUGUACGCCGCAGCCAGACCGGAACAAGCUGUCCUGCAGAUGUAGCAGUUAGAACAUCGGCGGUCGGCUUUCUUUCGAACUGGGGGACUCAAGUGCGAUUGUUAUUGACGUCACCAGAGGGACUGCACAUAACAGUCGGUGAAUAAUUACUGCCGGAGAGAGACGCACGACCCAGGAUAUAUUAAAGAAAGGAAAAACAAAAACAUUACCGAAAAUGAUGCAAGAGACGGCCAGAGAAUGCGACCCUAUCACAGGAGAGGUGAUUGGACCGCCCCCUCCGCCGGUGUAUACGUUCAAGCCUCCGCUGAGACCCGAUUUUGGCACCUCGGGGAGGACCAUCAAGCUCCAGGCGAACUUCUUCGAGAUGGACAUUCCCAAAAUAGAAAUUUAUCAUUAUGAUGUAGAUAUCAAACCAGAAAAAUGUCCCAGGAGAGUCAACAGAGAAAUCGUUGAACAUAUGGUCCUGCAUUUCAAGGCUCAGAUCUUUGGAGAUCGUAAACCAGUAUUCGAUGGCAGAAAGAACCUGUACACUGCAAUGCCUCUUCCAAUCGCCAGAGACAAACAGGUGGAAUUGGAAGUCACGCUACCCGGGGAAGGAAAGGAUCGCAUCUUUAAAGUUGCCAUUAAGUGGAUGGCUUGCGUCAACUUGCAGGCUCUACAUGACGCAUUAUCUGGACGGCUUCCCACUGUCCCUUUUGAGACUAUACAGGCAUUAGAUGUUGUGAUGAGACAUUUACCCUCUAUGAGGUAUACUCCUGUAGGUCGAUCUUUUUUUACUGCAUCCGAAGGAUGUGCUAAUCCUCUUGGUGGAGGUAGAGAAGUUUGGUUUGGCUUCCACCAAUCUGUCAGACCUUCACUCUGGAAAAUGAUGCUCAACAUAGAUGUAUCUGCUACGGCGUUUUAUAAAGCACAACCGGUCAUAGAGUUUAUGUGUGAAGUUCUGGAUUUUAAAAGCAUAGAAGAGCAACAAAAACCUCUUACAGAUUCCCAAAGGGUUAAGUUUACCAAAGAAAUCAAAGUCUGCUUUGGUUUUCCAGGCUUAAAAGUAGAAAUUACGCACUGUGGACAAAUGAAGAGAAAAUACAGAGUGUGCAAUGUAACAAGGCGACCAGCAAGUCAUCAAACAUUCCCUCUCCAGCAAGAGAGUGGGCAAACGGUGGAAUGCACUGUUGCACAGUACUUCAAGGAUAGACACAAACUAGUACUUCGCUACCCUCAUCUUCCAUGUUUACAGGUCGGGCAGGAGCAGAAACACACAUACCUCCCUCUCGAGGUAUGCAAUAUAGUGGCAGGACAAAGGUGUAUAAAGAAACUGACAGACAAUCAAACUUCCACUAUGAUCCGAGCAACUGCCCGCUCAGCUCCAGACCGUCAGGAGGAAAUCAGUAAAUUGAUGCGCAGUGCAAGUUUUAAUACCGAUCCAUUUGUACGGGAAUUCGGUAUUAUGGUAAAAGACGACAUGACGGAUGUAACCGGAAGAGUCCUUCAACCUCCUUCAAUCCUAUACGGAGGCAGGGUAUGGGAAGAGCCAAAUGCUCCCUUGAAUAAGGCCAUUGCUACCCCUGUCCAAGGUGUCUGGGACAUGAGGAACAAACAGUUCCACACUGGCAUUGAAAUUAAAGUGUGGGCGAUAGCUUGCUUUGCUCCUCAGCGACAAUGUACAGAACUUCACCUCAAAACUUUUACUGAACAGUUGCGUAAGAUCUCUCGUGAUGCGGGUAUGCCAAUUCAAGGGCAACCAUGUUUCUGCAAAUACGCCCAAGGAGCUGAUAGUGUGGAGCCCAUGUUCAGGCAUCUGAAGAACACCUAUACUGGCCUACAACUGAUUGUUGUGAUUCUCCCAGGGAAGACCCCUGUGUAUGCGGAGGUAAAACGUGUGGGAGACACUGUGCUGGGAAUGGCAACGCAAUGUGUGCAGAUGAAAAACGUACAGAGAACUACGCCGCAGACGCUGUCUAACCUUUGCCUGAAGAUUAAUGUUAAGUUAGGAGGUGUUAAUAACAUUCUGUUACCCCAGGGCAGACCUCCAGUCUUUCAGCAGCCAGUUAUAUUCCUUGGCGCAGAUGUUACUCAUCCUCCUGCAGGGGAUGGAAAAAAGCCAUCGAUAGCAGCAGUUGUAGGUAGCAUGGAUGCACACCCCAACCGCUAUUGUGCCACCGUAAGAGUACAGCAACACCGUCAGGAGAUCAUCCAGGACUUGGCUGCCAUGGUCCGAGAACUGCUUAUUCAAUUCUACAAGUCAACGCGUUUCAAGCCCACAAGGAUCAUUUUCUACAGGGAUGGGGUUUCUGAAGGACAGUUCCAGCAGGUAUUGCAUCAUGAGCUUCUGGCAAUUAGGGAGGCCUGUAUCAAGUUGGAAAAGGAUUACCAACCUGGCAUUACCUUCAUUGUUGUACAGAAAAGACAUCACACGCGACUUUUCUGCACAGACCGAAAUGAGCGGGUUGGGAAGAGUGGAAAUAUUCCAGCUGGUACAACUGUGGACACAAAAAUUACCCACCCGUCGGAGUUUGACUUUUACCUGUGCAGCCAUGCUGGAAUUCAGGGAACAAGCAGGCCCUCCCAUUACCAUGUCCUUUGGGAUGACAACCGGUUCUCUUCUGAUGAGCUGCAAAUCCUCACUUACCAGCUCUGUCACACUUAUGUGCGCUGCACUCGAUCUGUCUCUAUCCCCGCCCCUGCCUACUACGCACACUUAGUCGCAUUUAGAGCCCGGUAUCACCUUGUGGAUAAAGAACAUGACAGCGCUGAAGGCAGCCACACUUCUGGUCAGAGCAACGGGAGAGACCACCAAGCACUUGCUAAGGCAAUUCAGGUUCACCAGGACACACUGCGUACAAUGUACUUUGCUUAACUGGUGCUGGUUCCCAGAUCUUAGAGGCACUAACCAAGGAGGAUUCACGCCAGACCAGCUGCACUUAUUUGUAUUGUAGCCUGCACUACAGUGACAUCCAAGUGCAAUCUACCACCCACAACCCAUGCAUAUUCUCCCUUGAUCACUUACCAGCCUUCCGUCCAGACCCUUUUUUUGUUUAUUAAUUUAUUUUAUUUUUCUCUCUCCCGAUCUGCACACCUGCAAUAUUUUUUUGGAGUCAGAUUUGUAACAUACAUAUGCGUUUUACGGAAUUACCCUCUUCAAAUACAAUCUGAACAGACGUUCACUCAGGGCUUUUAAGAAACGCUAUGAAACACUUCACUUCAUAUUUUUUUUUUUUUUUUUUUCGGUCGGAAGUUCCAUUUUUAUUUUAUUUUUGAAAUAUUUGACGAAAUGUCAUGGCCUGAAAUCUGAAGAAAAAGGCAUUUUCUCCAAAUUGUAAAGCCUUAAAUAUUUUAAGUGAUUUUUGAGAUGUUUUAUUAUAAAAAACAAAACAAAAAAAAACGUUGUUUUCCUCUUAAAAUUGUGUCAAAUAUUCUAGUGCAUAAAAUUAUGUCUGUAACUAUUCUGAGAAAGCUGUGGAGGUCAAAGGUGAUUAAGUUUUAAAUAUCAUAGUAUUCAUUUUUUUUGGUUGUUUUUUUUUUUUUCAGUGUGCCAUUCAGAAACCUCUGUCAAAGGAAGAUAUUUUUUAAUUUAAUGCUGGCUGGACUCAAAACUUGUCCAAAAUUUUGCUCUCCAAUACGGGUCUGUGGCAAUGAAAGACAGUACAAUCAGGUUAAGCUAAUGUACAGAAGAGUUCUAUUUUAGCAGUAUUAAUGUGAGAUAACAAUGCUAUUUAUUUUAUUUACACAGAGCAUCAUAUUUCUAUCAACAUAUCUCUAUGUACUUAGGCAAAAUUAUGUUUUUUUUUUGUGUAUUUUUUUUUCUUUUUUUUUUAAGGACCAGUAAACCUACAAUACAAGUUGGCUCAUGUAAAUUUUUCUGUACAAAUUUAGGGAACUUUAUCAGACCGGAUAACCCUGUUAUGAGACGAGUGCUUUUUUUGAUGUGCAAAAUUUCUUUUAAGUAAUGGUGUGAAGUAAAACCUUCUAGAAAAA